CUAGCGUUUACCUUUUGUAGCUAGCAAGCUGCAAACCGAGAAACAGCUAGAAUAUAAGUCUGUAAGUCUUUAAUAUGUUUCAAAAAGUCCCCAAGAACCACAAAACUUACAAUAAACUGGAAGAAGAAGAAACGGCGAAGUUAGUGCAAAAAGUCCAACAGCUGAGGUUUUGGGAGGACAGCGGCUAACUGCUGCUAAUAAAGAGCUGUUUGAGUUAUUAGGAAUAAACACCACACAGGACCAAGAAGAGAAGAAACGAGUGAAUCGGCUGGAUUCUGUUUUCAAGCCUCAAGUUCGCUGAGCAGACAUGCAGCAGGUGUGCGUGAGUAACGAAGAUGUUCUUCUUGAGCAGACAGAAUGGAAUCAAAGUCUGGACAAAAAGGACUUGGAGGCUUUAAACAUUAAAGAGGAACAGGAGGACCUUUGUGUCAAUCAGGAGGGAAGGCAGCUUCAUGUGCUGGGGGAGGCUGAUAUCACUAUGUUCCCUUUCACUGUUGUCUCUGUGAAGAGUGAAGAUGAAGAAAAACCACAGUCAUCACACCUUCAUCAAAGCCAAAGAGAUGAGAGCACAGAAAUGGAGCUUUCAUGCAAGUUGACUAGAGACAGAACAUUGAAAACAGAAGCUUUUGAAGAUGUCUGUGGAGGAUCACAACCUGACAGAGACUCUGGUCCAUGCACUCAUUUCCAUCCACAUACUGAUGAUGUGCAGACAUUGUUGGUGAUUAAAGAAGAAGCUCUGAAUAUUGACCAGGAGGAUAUUAUGGAAGAACAAGAGAAACUCUGGGUUAGUCGGCAGGGACAGCAGCUUCACCAGCUGGAGGAGGCCGAUAUCACUAAGUUCCCUUUGACUGUUGUUACUGUGAAGAGUGAAAAUGAUGAUGAAAAACUAGAGUCAACACAUGUUCAUCGUCAAAGUGAUGACAGCACAGAUGCUACAGAAACUGAGCUUGUAGCUACCAGCUCGUCUGUACACAGAACACUGACAGCACAAGUUGAUGGAGAGGACCGUGUAGGACCACAACAAUCUAGCCACUCGGGUUCAAAUAGUCAUUUACAACCAGAUACCAGUGGUAGGAUUUCAGACAGUUCUGAAACUGAGACUGAUGACUUUUGUGACUGGAAACAAACCAGAGACCUACAAGCAGAUACCAGUGGGAGUUCAGAUACUUCUGAAACCAAGACUGAUGACAGUUAUGAUUGGAAACAAACCAGAGACCUUAGUUCAGGUUUUAGCUGUCUAAAAAACAUGAAUGCCUGUGUUAGUACCAGCAGUUGCAGUGCUGCUAAGAAACAACAUAAUUGCUCUGAAUGUGGAAAAGUAUGUGCUUGCAUGGAUUUUUCAAACCAACACAAGGGAAGGCAAGAAAGUGAGAAAUCAUUUACUUGCCCUAUCCAGGGUAAAAGGUUGAGACAAAAGAGGAGUCUGAACAGACAAAUGAGAAUUCAUACAGAAGAGAAACCAUUUGGCUGUUCUGAGUGUGGUAAAAGUUUUGUACAAAACGGCACUCUGUUGAGACAUAUGAAAAUUCAUACAGGGGAGAAACCACUUGGCUGCUCUGAGUGUGGCAAAAGAUUUGGACAAAAGGGCGAUUUAAUCAAACACAUGAGAAUUCAUACAGGACAGAAGCCAUUUGUCUGUUCUGAGUGUGGUAAAAGAUUUCGACAAAAGACUAAUCUGUCCACACAUGCAAGAACUCACACAGGAGAGAAACCAUUUAAGUGUUGUGAGUGUGGUAAAAGAUUUGGACGAAAAGACACUCUAAUCGGACACACGGGAAUUCAUACAGGGCUGAAACCUUUUGUUUGUUGUGAAUGUGGUAAAAGAUUUAUUCAAAAGGGCACUCUGACCAGACACAUGAGAAUUCAUACAGGAGAGAAGCCAUUUAGCUGUUCUGAGUGUGGUAAAAGAUUUGCACAAAAUGGUGAUUUGAACAUACACAUGAGAAUUCAUAGAGGAAACAAAAAAAGAAAUUCAAGACAAAUGGGGAAAAAAGGUGACUGUUAUGAGCGUGGGAAAAUAUGUUGAUAAAGGGUGUGUGAAGUUUGAAACUACUGGUCUCUGUAAUGCCAUGAUAAAUAUAAACAGUGUGGCACUCUGGUAAGUCUCUAUAUUGCAGCCAGUUCUUAAAGUCUGUUUAUGCAAAAAGGAGACAAGUGUGGUAAGCCACCAAGCCAUGAGAACUUCAAAGGAGUUGAAUUAUUCUCUGGCUGUGAUUGGACAAACACUGAUAGCAACUUUUGUAUUUUGCAUCAGCAGCCACACAUCAUGGUGGAGUGGAUCAGAGAAGGAUUUUAUU